UUCCAGAGUGUCUCUUUCGCUGCCAGGUCAUUGCGUUGAGUCGUGUGCGGUAUUAUACCUCACAGUAAUAUAAGCCGCGGUGUAUUAGUUUCUAAUAUUUAUUGCUCAAUUCCUGCGCAUCACGCUGUGAGAGACAUUAGUGGAAGGAUUACUAGCAGGUUUCGAGAAAUACCCUCAAAUUCAGCAUUUCAGUUAUUCACUGUGCUCAGUUGGCAUUCUGUGCUGUUAGGAGCCUGUACCUUAGCGACCAAACGGAUCUCUUUCUGAGAAAAGAACCCCCAAAAACUUGAAGAUGGCUGAGAAACAGAUUAGUCUGCCUGCCAAACUCAUAAACGGUGGAAUCGCAGGGAUCAUCGGGGUGACUUGUGUCUUUCCAAUUGACUUGACUAAAACAAGGCUGCAGAAUCAGAGGAAUGGACAACAGAUCUAUAAGAACAUGUGGGAUUGCUUGAGAAAGACCCUGCGCUCGGAAGGUUAUUUUGGAAUGUACAGAGGUGCAGCAGUAAAUUUGACUCUUGUGACUCCAGAGAAAGCAAUUAAGCUGGCAGCUAAUGACUUUUUCAGACAACACUUGUCUAGAGAUGGCAAACGUUUGUCUCUCUAUAAAGAAAUGCUGGCAGGAUGUGGUGCUGGAACAUGUCAAGUUAUUAUUACUACUCCAAUGGAGAUGCUAAAAAUUCAGCUCCAGGAUGCUGGAAGACUUGCAUGUCAGCAGAAGACUAUUACUAGUAUACAAUGCCCGACUCCUGGAACCAAGCACUUAAACCCAAUUCCUGUACUCACAAGGGCUUAUAAUGUUGCACCAACUUCAGUAGCUCAAAAGAUCUCUGCUACACAUAUUGCAUCUGAGUUGCUGCGCACGGAAGGCGUUAAAGGACUAUACAAGGGAUUGGGAGCAACAUUACUGAGGGAUGUACCAUUCUCCAUCAUCUACUUCCCAUUAUUUUCCAAUCUCAAUCAGCUGGGGAAAUCCUCUCCAAAUGACAGGGCUCCCUUCUUGCACUCGUUUGUUUCAGGCUGUAUAGCUGGUUCUGUUGCAGCUGUGUCUGUCAAUCCUUGUGAUGUGAUAAAAACACGACUUCAAUCCUUAAAUAAAGGAGCAAAUGAAGAGAGCUAUAAUGGAAUUGUAGACUGUGUCAGGAAAAUCUGGAUCAAGGAAGGUCCAUCAGCUUUUUUGAAAGGGUCUGGAUGCCGAGCAUUAGUUAUUGCCCCUUUAUUUGGUAUAGCCCAAGUUAUAUACUUUUUAGGUGUGGGAGAAACCCUCAUUGAAUUUGCCCAGUUGAACAGAUUGACGUCUUAAAAGCAUACAUUCCUCUGGACAGGAACUGUGGAGGUUUUAAAUUAACCAUGACGAGCCAAUACGUUUUACAGCAUUUGUCGGGUCUGGUGAAACAAUCCACUAUUGUGCUGUAUAGACCACUAGACUUUCUCAUAGCACUGAAAUUAUGUAGCGUGUUUGUCUGUGAUAUUCGUUUUGAAUCAUUCAGCACUUUCUUAUCAUAGACAUAUCACCUCAAGACAUUGGCACUCGGUUGCUGUAGCAGUAACGCAAAAUUACAGCAAUAAUGAGGAACUGUCGCUGUUAAAGCAUUCCCUAUUUUGUUUGGUCUUAAAAGUCAGUUUUUUAUAACUUAUCUGUGAAGUAGAUUAGAACCUUAGUCUAUCUAUACAUUGUACUAGCCAAAUCAAAUGAACACAGCAACGCUAAAGCCUUUCUUAUGCUAAUGAAUGGGCUGUAUUUGUCCCCUACCAUUCGCAUCAGUGUGAGUUCACAAGUUAAGCAUUGUGAGGAACUGCUGAUGUGAGCAGCCCACCCAGUAUAAUUUAACUUAAAGAUCUGGAAACGUUGCUCAGAUAUAAAAUUAAUUAAAUGUAUAGAUGCAAUUUGCUGCCAUCUAAAAUGAUGCCCUCUUUUUAUGAAAGAUACAUUUCAAAAUAGGUGAUGCAAUAAGAUGUGCCCAUUUUCUUAAAGGAAACUUGUCAUAAAACAAAGGG